CCAAUAUGUCAGCAUACAUGUUGCUAAAUUAUUGUAACAUGCAAUAAAUAUAAAUUUACAAAAUUUUACCAGUAUACAACAGCUAAUGUAAUUGCAACAUGGAUGUAAAAGAAUCUUCUAAAUCAACGGAUCUUUUGUCUGUGCAGCCAAACAUUAAAAAUGCACAACUGUUGGUUAAUAAGAAAUUGAACACACUGGAUGAUCUCCGACAAAAUUUCAAGAACAUGCCAUGCUCAACAUCAGUGUUAAGUCAGGUGAAACAAUUUCUUCCGCAAAUUGCAACAGCCAAUGAUGAACUGGAGAGGAAAUUGAAAUCAGAUCCCAGCUUCUCUGCAGACAUAGAGGCCAUUGAUGAUGAUAGUCAACCUCACAUAGAGAUGAAUAUUGCCUUGAUUGAUCAGCAGUACAGUGAGGAUAGUGACUUGGACUCGGAAUUAUCUGAUAGUGACAUUGCCAUGGGUUGUGGUCCUGUGACCGAGGACAACAUUAAACUUCCCAUCAGAAAGAUUGGCCACGGUAAACAACUUGUGGAGCAGAUUUUGGAUGUUAAAGAUGUGAACUGUGAUACUGAUUAAGUACUUAACAAUUUAUGAUGUAGCGAUGCUAUAUUUAGUUUUUAAUUAAUUUCAAAACAAAGACUUUUAAUGCACUCCUUUGAAAAGCAGGAUAUAUUAAGGGAACACCAGCGCGGGAUACCCAGCUGGUGGCGUCCAGGAGACAGUGUCUGUUAAAUAUUUGAAAAAGUUCUGUUCAAGUUGGGUCACUGUUACUUAAAAUUGAAAAAUGCUCAAUGUCUUCAGGAUAAAUGGAGCUGUUUCCUUGACAUUUUGUGCGUAGGUAGCGUACCUGCAGACCUAGCUUGUUAAGGUCAAGGUCACUGUGAUUAAAAAUAGAAAAACUGUUUCCACUCAUUAAUUCAAGAUUUGAAAUAGUUAUUGGUCUGAAAAACAUGUGUAGAUAGCUUACACAUAGACCUAGUUUGGGAUUGCAAUGCAGGCAAGUUGGAUGAAGGUUAUUGUUAUGUUAAAUAUUAAAUGGAGAUUCUGUUUUUACUCAAAAACUUAAGUUUGUUUGGUGGAUUUGUGCUGACAUGUUGUAUGUAGGUAGCUUACCUGCUGGCCUUUCUUGGGAUUGCAGAUUUGUUUGAAUUGAAUUAGGUUAAUUAGUAAAAUACUGAAGAUCUUGUUUCCUGGCAUUUCUAUGUUUCUUGUAACCAACAUUCAUAUAACAAAUAAAUACAUCCUUCAAAGAUCAAUAUAAACCAACAUUUAAACAAGCGUAUUUUACUUUCUCGUUUUCUCUUUUUUGGGGUUUAGGACCCAAUUUAAAAUAGAACAUUUAAAAAAAAUAUAUUUGUCCCUUUGUAUUUGUAUAACCUGUUAGGAAGUGUUUUUGUUAAAAAAAGUAUUUUAGUUAUGUUUUAAUUAUCUUUCAUUUGUAUUUGAAUACCAUGUAAUGAUAUGUUAUUGUAAAUAAAAUGUGAUUUAGUGAUAUUUUUAAUAUUUGGUUGACUUAUGGAUAGAUAAAUAAAUUUGUUAUGGUAAUAUCAAAAUCUUGUGUAUUAAACUACACAUGUAAUAUAUUAAUAUUAAUUUACAUUGAUGGAUGAUACCAGUAAUAAGCCUGUACAUGGGUUUUCUUUUACCCCAUCAGGUUAAAUGUAUGUAACAGUUGGAUUUGCAGAUUUAUUGUGCAAUACAGUACUGAUUUAGUCUUCAUACAACUCGUAUGUCUACAGGAUUUUUGUUAAUUAAGAGAAGAGAAGAAUCGUUUGAUCUUAAAUUGUUUACUUAUGGAUUGUAUUUUGUACUCAUUUUACAAAUCUAAUGUUUACUUAUGGAUUGUAUUUUGUACUCAUUUUACAAAUCUUGACACUUCUUUCUGCUUGUAGAACUUUUUAAAAUGUCCAUUAUAAAUGUGUAGCUUUGUUUGUUUUUUGUGGUGUUUUUUUUACUAAACCAUCUUACAUUUUGUUUGUAUGAAAUUUUAUGUUUUGUGAACAUACUCUUUAGGCAGUUCAAAGGGAUAAAUAAAAGAAUGUAGAACACCAUGUAUGGCAUAUUGCUUCAGGUAAAUUAGAUUACCAUUCCUGCGUAUAUUGUUGUUUUAUAUUCUUGUGUUCAAUUUAUAUUCAUAAUAUUAAUUGUACUGUCCUGUUGUUUUAUAUCAAAUUGUGUAUGAAAUUUAAGAUUGUUUUGUAAAAUUACAUUGACUCUCAGUUUUGUAUUAAGUUUAGUUGUUCCAUUGAUGUUGUGUAGUGUGAGGAAAUGUUUAAUAUUUAUACUUUUCAAGCAAUAAUAUUUUUGAUUAUCAAUGACUCGUAAAGCAUUGUGAAAAUAUACACGAGGGCUUGUACUUAAAAGUUUGUCAUCUACGACCUAAAGGUGAAUUUAAGAAUUGAUAUUGGUAUUGUUUGUAUGCUAAACAAAAUAGUUAAUUAGUUGUGGAAGUUAAAAUCAUUUUCUGAUUGUGACAUAGACAGUUAAUACUUUAUGUCCAAUUCAACAGUAAGUGUUGAUACUAUAUAUAUUUAGUUUCUUAAAAUAUGCCACUUAUUUGUAUACAUGUAACUAUUUGUUGAAGUUUGCAAGCUGUAAAAUUUCAAAUAUCUGCGCAUUUUUUCGCAAAUAAUUAACUGGCAACAGAGUUGCAUCCUUUAAGAAAUACUAUGGAUUUUUUUCAUUUCAACAUUACCUCAAUUAAUAAUUGAAAUAAAAUGGUUUAAUUGAA